CUAAAUCUAGAUUACCUCUCAAGGAUAGCUGAAUAAAUCAGGACAUUUGAUGGAUUUGUUUGCUUUCUCUUCAGUCCUUCUCUGUGUAGUGCUUAUCACUAACCUCCUUCAAUCCCUAAAGCGAAACUCCAAAAGGCUUCCUCCAGGUCCGCCAAGGUGGCCAAUAUUUGGUAACCUUCUCCAAUUGAGCCAGUUACCUCAUAGAGACUUGGCAUCUUUAUGUAACAAAUAUGGGCCCAUUGUCUAUCUCCGCCUUGGCAGCGUUGAUGCCAUCACCACCGACGAUCCUGAAAUCAUCCGCGAAAUACUCCUUCGCCAGGAUGAUGUCUUCGCUUCCCGGCCACGGACUCUUGCAGCUGACCAUCUUGCAUACGGUUGUGGAGAUGUAGCGUUGGCCCCGUUAGGCCCAAAUUGGAAGCGAAUGAGGAGAAUAUGUAUGGAACACUUGCUAACAACUAAGAGGCUUGAUUCUUUUGCCAAGCAUCGUGCUGAGGAAGCUCAACAUUUGGUGCGAGAUGUUUGGGCACAAGCUCAGACUGGAAAGUCUGUGAACUUGAGAGAAAUGCUGGGUGCAUUUUCUAUGAACAAUGUGACUCGAAUGUUGCUAGGGAAGCAAUACUUCGGAGCUGAAUCAGCUGGUCCCCAAGAGGCCAUAGAGUUCAUGCACGUAACCCAUGAGUUAUUUAGGCUUUUGGGAGUGAUAUAUUUGGGUGAUUAUUUACCAUUUUGGAGGUGGAUUGAUCCUCAUGGUUGUGAGAACCAAAUGAGGCAAGUGGAAAAAAGAGUGGACGAUUUUCACUCCAAGAUUAUUGAAGAACAUAAAAUGGCAAGGCAAGUGAAGCAGGGAGAGGAAGUUAGAGAGGGAGAGAUGGAUUUCGUUGAUGUUCUACUAUCAUUGCCGGGCAAAGAUGGCCAAGAACACAUGGACGAUAUAGAGAUCAAAGCUCUCAUUCAGGAUAUGAUAGCCGCUGCUACAGAUACUUCAGCUGUAACCAACGAGUGGGCCAUGGCAGAGGUGAUCAAGCAUCCACGUGUCAUAUGUAAGAUACAGGAGGAACUUGAUCAUGUUGUAGGCCCAAAUAGGAUGGUGACUGAAUCAGACUUGCCCCAUCUCAACUAUCUACGUUGCGUUGUACGUGAAACUUUUCGCAUGCAUCCAGCCGGACCCUUUUUAAUCCCGCACGAGUCUCUACGUGCCACCACAAUCAAUGGCUACCAUAUCCCUGCUAAGACUCGUAUUUUCAUUAAUACCCAUGGACUAGGCCGAAACACCAAGGUUUGGACCGAUGUGGAGGAGUUUCGGCCCGAGAGGCAUUGGCUAGAAGAUGGAAGUCGAGUAGAAAUAAGCCAUGGAGCCGAUUUCAAGAUAUUGCCGUUCAGUGCCGGAAAGAGGAAGUGCCCUGGUGCACCGCUUGGAGUUACUUUGGUGCUAAUGGGUUUGGCUCGGCUCUUUCACGCCUUUGAUUGGUCUCCACCUAAAGGGCUAAGAUACGAAGAUAUUGAUACCACUGAGGUUUAUGGAAUGACAAUGCCAAAAGCCAUGCCCUUAUUGGCUUUAGCUAGGCCACGUUUGGCAGAUCAUCUAUAUCAAUGA